AUGCCAAGUGCUGGAAUCCUACCUUCUCUCAAGAUGAGACCUCCGGUUCAAGUUCCUUCACCCUCUGCAGCUGCGCAUUCUCUGUCAUCUCAUAUUUCUCAUCGUGAUGAGGUUCGUACUAUCUUCAUUAUGGGUCUACCUGAAGAUGUCAAAGAGAGAGAGUUGCAGAAUUUUCUGAGAUGGCUUCCAGGUUUUGAAGAUUCACAUUUGAGCUUCAAGAGAGAUAAGCCCAAGGGUUUCGCACUCUUGUCAACUGUUAAAUUUGCAGUUGCUGCCAAGGAUGCCCUUCAGAAAAUAGUUUUUGACGCUAAGUUAAAGUCCUUCUUGCACAUCGAGAUGGCAAGGAAGAAUCUUGUUGUUAAAAGAGUAGUUACAAAUUCUAAUUUUGACAAGUAUGGAGGUUUUCCUGUUCCUCCAGUACUGCCAUUGCCAAUUCCAGCUUCUGUAGCAUCUCCUAGUUUUCAUGUGUCAGUUAAAGAAGUCUGCUGCGAUGAAAAAUCUGCAGUAAAUGGUGUACACGAGGGAUCCAGGGAGUCGAUCACAAAGGGGUGCAGAGUUGACAAGUCUGGAUGCUUCACGUUAUUUGUUGAAAAUUUACCAGAGAAGAUUCAUUGGGAGAGGUUUGGAUCUUUUUUUUUGCUCUCAUGGUCGGGUACUAGAUGCUUUUAUUCCAAAUAA